AUGCUCAAACCGCGCAGAUCCUCCGCCACACAGCGACCACCAAAUCCGUCGCCGACAUGUAUAGCAGAUCACAUUUCCGCUGCUGCUGCCACGGACCACACACCCGUCGCUAGUACGAGCGCAGGCACAGGGCAGGCUAGAAAUAGGGAUGGAGACACUUCGGGCAAGGGGACGCCCAAGGGGAAAGGUCCUGCAAAAGGUGCCCCUGAGAAGAACGACAAUACCACCCCGGGAAGAAAGAGUCUGCAUACGAUGGAGUGCUCCACCUGUGAGCGCAGCCAGAGGCGGUUCUUCUGUCCCACUUGCGUAGCCAAUCACAUUCGAGACUUCCGACUCUCACAAUCAAGAGUCGAAGCUGAGAAACAGAGGCUCCAAGGGGUGGUACAGCAGCUGCUGGACAAGCUCGAACCCAGGAGGACGGAGAAGGCAACCCGGACCUUGCUGAUUGACCGCACGCGCGAGAUCAAGCGGGAGGUAGAGCGACUAAGGCAUAGGAGCGCUGAAUUAAAGGAGAAUGUUCGACUACGACAAGAAGACCUACGCCAGCGACGAGAACGACUUCAACGAGCCCAGCAGCUCGUCAGCUCCCCUCUAACAUUCACUCCCCUGACCGCCGCACAAUCCCGACUCGACGCCCUCUCCGACCGGCUCGCUCUCGCCCGGCGCGGGCUCGCCCUCCUUUUAAUGGAAGUCUUCGACCUCAGACAAACCACCACAGGGGAAGCGACCAUUGUCUCCCUCCCUUUCCCCAAGCCUGGAGACCACAGACACACCAAGCCUGAGCAACUGAACGGCGUCCUCGUUCACACACUCCACUUGCUCCACCUCCUCGCUUACUACCUCGGCGUCAAGCUCCCCUUUGUUAUUUCCUGGUCUGGCGGUCGGUUCCUCGUCGGGAAGCCAACCAUCCGUGCCAGCUCCGGGAACUCGGAAGACGGAGACUGGGUGCGGUGGACCGUCAAACAGCCCUUGUAUAUUUCUGCUGCGGACGCAGCGCGCUAUGCUGGUGCAGGUGCUGUCCCGAGCAGCUUUACGACAGCGCUGAGCAUGUUGGCGUUUAAUGUGCUGUACCUGAUGCACACACAAGGCCUAUCCGUGCCAGGAGACGGGCCAUCCCCAGCAACCCCCCCACCUCCAAUAAGGAACGGAGAGAACCAGCUGCCACCAAGGGUGUUGAAUGACCUUAUCUGCUUGUGUAUCCCCGAUUCCCUAGGUAGGCGGAGUCAUGCGACGCGCCCGCACCUGCCGCCGCCAACGCAUGGAUUAGGCCUGACGUUUGCUAGGGUGCUGGAGGCGGCUAAAGAGGCGGAUGGGAGUAAAAGGGCGGAGGAGCUGCGGAAGGCUGAAGAGGGAGACGCGGAUUGGGACAUCAUCGACGACAGCGGAUAG